UUUUUUAUUUAUUAUUAUUUUUGUAUAUACAUUUAAUUGUCUUCACAAGUGUAUUUUUGCUCCUGCUCACUAAGCUGUAGUUUUGUUUAAAACCGAGCUUCACCCAGCCUGUGUGUCGUUUGGCUUUGUUUGGAAGCUGCUGACAGGCGGGAGCGCGCAUGCAGCGUGGUCCCGUUGCGCUCAGUGGAGCAGCAGAGGCGCGUCCGUGUUGCAGCACCACGAGCGAGAUUCUUCAGCUCCCGCUUGUUUUGAAGUUCGUUCUGAUCACUUCUCGACGACGAAAGCUCCUGAAGUUGUUUUAUAAACGCCAUUUUUUCCUGACAAGUGCAGCUCUGUUAUUCUCUGCAUUGCCCAGUGACAUCUUUUUUUUGGAGUGCACCAAAGAGUUUUGCCCGUGUGAGCAAACACUUCAGGACCAAGGACAGAUCCAAAGGGCAGUCUGGCAAACACGGCACAAGAGGACAACAUCUGCACGCUCCAGGUCACAUGAAGCGGCUCUCGGUGCGUUCGCGGUCGCCAAGGAAAGCUGCACGUCAAUAACAUUUUUGGAAGUGUCCACCAUGCCGUGUCCAGUAUCAGAAAACACACACUCUCUGUAAACUGCCACCUCCCGACACUUCAAUACACUGACCCCCAAAAUCUUUCUUCCGCCAUGCUGAGCAUCGCGCUCCGCCUCAGGUCUUGGGCCUUUCCGGCGCCUUCUUACUGGCUCCUCCAGAUCCUCCUCCUGGAGUUGCUGGUACCAGGGAGCCUGCCCAGCAUGUCCAGACUCCCCCCGGCGGCCAAGCGUGAGAUCCUCAUCGAAGGCGACUUGGUAAUCGGUGGCCUCUUCCCGGUGCACCACAAAGGCGAAGGGACGGAGGACUGUGGUAAAAUCAACGCGGAGCGAGGGAUCCAGAGACUGGAGGCCAUGCUGCUGGCGCUCGACGAGAUUAACUCAAGUGAUCGCAUUCUUCCUGGACUCCAGCUCGGGGCGCACAUCCUUGACACCUGCUCAAAGGACACCUACGCUCUGGAGCAGUCCCUCGAUUUUGUCAGGGCGUCUCUCACCAAGGUGCACGACCCAGGCUUCAUCUGCCCGGAUGGGUCCCGACCCAUCCAGAAUGAAGUCCCGCUGGCCAUUUCGGGGGUUAUCGGUGGAUCCUACAGUGAUGUUUCCAUCCAGGUGGCCAACCUCCUUCGACUCUUCCAGAUCCCUCAAAUCAGCUACGCCUCCACCAGUGCCAAACUAAGUGACAAAUCCCGUUAUGACUACUUUGCCCGCACCGUGCCCGCAGACUUCUACCAAGCCAAAGCCAUGGCGGAGAUUCUGCGUUAUUUCAAAUGGACCUACGUGUCCACUGUGGCAUCGGAGGGCGACUACGGCGAGACGGGGAUCGACGCCUUCCAGCAAGAGGCCCGCUCCCACCAAAUCUGCAUCGCCACCUCGGCCAAGGUGAGCCGUUCCAUGAACCGUCAGGGCUUUGAGAACGUGAUCCGCUCCCUGCAGCAGAAGUCCAACGCCAAGGUGGUCAUCAUGUUCACCCGCAGCGAGGAUGCCAGGGAGCUGCUGGUGGCCGCCGCCCGCAUGAAAGUCAAUUUCAUCUGGGUGGCCAGUGACGGCUGGGGAGCGCAGGAGAGCGUGGUGAGGGGCAGCGAGACGGCUGCGGAUGGCGCUUUCACCAUCGAGCUGGCCUCCUACCCUAUCAGAGAAUUUGAAGACUACUUCACCAAACUGAACCCGUACACCAACACCAGGAACCCUUGGUUCAAAGAGUUCUGGGAGCACCGCUUCGGCUGCAGCCUCCAGGAACACGGGUGCAGCGAGCGCAGCCUCAGGGACGGCACUUUUGAGCAGGAGUCCAAGAUCAUGUUUGUGGUCAACGCCGUCUACGCCAUGGCCUACGCCCUACACAACAUGAGGCAAGCGGUGUGCUCCAACACCUCCAAAGUCUGUGAAGCCAUGAAACCGGGCAAUGGUAAAAGGUUCUACAAGGAGUUCAUUCUGAAGACCAAGUUUGAAGCUCCGUUUCGACCCGUGGACACCUUAAACAUGGUGCGCUUCGACUCUGUCGGCGACAGCAUCAGCCGCUACAACAUCUUCCACUACCACCAAGACGACGGGAAGUUUGUCUACAAGAAGGUGGGCUACUGGGACCAGAACCUGACCCUGAACACCACGCUGGUAAGCUGGCCCGGGCUGUCGCCGCCCACCUCGCAGUGUAGCGACCCCUGCAGGAAGAACGAGGUGAAGAGCAUGCAGCCCGGCGACGUGUGCUGCUGGAUCUGCAUCCCCUGCCAACCCUACCAGUACCUUCAGGAUGAGUUCACGUGUGCCGAUUGCGGCUUCGGCCAGUGGCCCCUGGACAACCUGACGGGCUGCUACGACCUGCCCGAAGAGUAUAUCCGCUGGGAGGACGCGUGGGCCAUCGGACCCGUUACCAUCUCCUGCUUGGGAAUAAUGUGCACCCUCUCCGUGGUGGCCCUGUUCUUCAAGCACAACGAGACGCCGGUGGUGAAGGCGAGCGGACGUGAGCUCUCCUACAUCCUCCUGCUGGGAGUCCUGAUGUGCUACAGCAUGACCUUCAUCUACAUCGCCAAGCCUUCCACCGCCGUUUGCACGCUGCGCCGACUGGGCCUGGGCACGUCGUUCGCCGUGUGCUACUCGGCUCUGCUCACCAAGACUAACCGAAUCGCCCGCAUCUUCAGCGGCGUGAAGGACGGCGCCCAGCGGCCUCGCUUCAUCAGCCCGGCCUCCCAGGUGGCCAUAUGCGGAGCGCUUAUCUCCUGCCAGCUUCUGGUGGCCGUCAUCUGGCUGCUGGUGGAGGUGCCCGGCGUGAGAAAGGAGGUGAGCCCGGAGCGGAGAGACGUGGUGACCCUCAAGUGCAACAGCAGGGAUUCCAGCAUGCUCAUGUCGCUCACCUACAACUGCGUCCUCAUCGUCCUCUGCACCGUCUACGCCUUCAAGACGAGGAAGUGCCCGGAAAAUUUCAACGAGGCCAAGUUCAUCGGUUUUACUAUGUACACCACCUGCAUCAUCUGGCUUGCCUUCCAGCCCAUCUUCUAUGUCACCGCCAGUGACUACAGGGUCCAGACCACCACCAUGUGCAUUUCUGUCAGUCUGAGCGGAUCAGUGGUGCUGGGCUGCCUGUUCGCUCCAAAGGUCCACAUCAUCCUCUUCCAGCCUCAGAAGAACGUGGCUUCUCUGCGGGUCACAGCCAACCGCUUCAGUGCCACCGUGUCGGCCUCUGCAUCCGCUCCCAGUUCCAGUUACUCAAAAGGGUCAGCCUCCAACUAUGUGCCAACGGUUUGUAACGGUCGUGAAGUGGUGGACUCGACGACUUCCUCAUUGUGAGCGCCAUCCCAUCAUCGUGCGUAAAGAGGCCCGGUCGCCACGGCGCCAGAGAGACAAUGUGCGGGCAGAACUGACGCUGCCCCCCAGCGAACAGUAGGGAUCGCUCGACAGGCCCUCGUUUGUAUAGAUUAUUUAAUAUACUGUGACUUCUUUGGUUUACACUUGGACAAUGUGUUUUUGUGAGAAUUUAGUAGGAAAUCAUUUAAAAAAGUUAGGCUCUAUCUGGCCGGAAUAAUAAUAAUAAUAAUCUGUUCCAGGGUCAUUAUUGUGUAAGCUUUAACAACUGGACAGGCCAUAUUGAUACAUUCACAACAAUCUAACAAGAACUUAAUAAUUGCACAUUCUAAAGCUUUAUUUGCUCAUAUCAAAUUCGCCAUUAUGAAACAAACCACUAAAAGAAAAGAAUAUUUCAAUUUUUCUAUUAUAAUGUAUGCAUUUUUGGGGCUAUAAAAUCCUACUAAAUUCUGGCUCGUGACGCCUUGCACCGUGCCUUGUCCUAACUUGUCAUGUUGUGUGCAGCGAUAACGUAAUACAGCUGUUCUUAUCUUAUUGUCCGUCCAGUGCUGUGAAUAUAUACGAUGUUUGAAGACUAAAAAUGUUUAUUUAACGUAGUAAGAAAAAAAUGUGACCCAUCUUAGUGAGUAUAACAUGGGAAAUUAGAUAACUCCUGAGGAAAAUGUGUUGAUGUAGACAUUCUACUUUAGAACACGUGCUUUUAUGUAACUUAUGUAAAUAAAAAAUGUUUUUGUAAUAUCAGAAUAGAGAAUAGAGUUGUAUUUUAACAUUUUCAAAAACAAUUAAGAGCCAAUAGGAAGUAUAAUUAUGAAUUUGGCAAUACCUAGGUAUUAAUAAUAUUUUUUUUUUAUGUAAUGUGUAUCAACAUGUGAUGUUCUACUCAUACGGGCUGAAGACCAUGUCAGGUCUGCCUCCACAUAAACCUGACUUGCAUCCAAAUUAAUAAUAUUAACAUGUUGCUUUCAUUUCUGUAGGAUGUUGUGAAUGCGCAGCAUUUGAAGAUUUUCAGUAUUUUUACACUGUGAUGUGCAUCCAUAGCAUUUAUUCAUUUUCUUUAAAUUAUUUUAUUUUAUUAACAGGGGGGUGCCAUUUCAGUUCAAUGAUGUCUCUCAAAGCUGUUUUGGUGGAGAUUUGUAAGUCAAACUGCAAAAAGACGAGAGAUAAAUAAAUGUAGUUGGCACUUGUAUUGUUUUUAAAUACACUGUCUGGAUAUUAAUAAUUUUUGUUCCACAAGCUAACUGCUAAUCAUUAGAACAGCAAGUGACUGUGUUUGCUAAACAAUGACAAAGAACCUCCCAUUAACAACA